CGGAUCCCGCGGAGCAACGAUCGAGCUGGCGGGAGUGAGUCUCCAUUUUUCUGGAUCUUGCCCUGGAGGCGUUCCUAGUGCCCGCCUCCACAUCCAGAUUUCGGGGAUCGCCUGGUAAGUAUAACCUUACCUGAGAAAGAAGACCUGAAGAGGGAAAAAAGGAGGAAUGGCUCUUUUCCAGGGACGGUUGACAUUCAGGGAUGUAGCCAUAGAGUUCUCUCAGGAGGAGUGGGAAUGCCUGGACCCUGCUCAGAGGGUCUUGUACAGGGAUGUGAUGUUGGAGAACUACAGGAACCUGGUCUCCCUGGGUGAGGAUAACUUCCCUCCAGAAGUCGGGAGUUCUGCUGGAUUUGCAAUCAAGGAAUUAUCACCAAUACAGGACAUUAAUAAAGGAGAAUUUUACCACUUAGUGAUAUUGGAGAGAAAUGAAAGUCCUGACAUCAAGGAUUUUGAUCUCAAGGAAGUCUGGGAAAAUAGGCAUGAGUUUGAAAAUCACUGGGGAUAUGAUGCAAGAAAUUACAAAGAAGUGUCUUUGACCCAUAACAAAAAUGUCACAUGGAGAAAAGAUCAAAAACUUAAUCAGCCCUCAGUUACUCUUCCUCAAAAGCAGUGUGCUUCUGUAAGAAAUAAUACAUACCUGUAUUUCAUGGAUUAUGAGCCAUUUGUAAGGAAUGUAUUAAAAAUGGACAAUAAUAGAAGUGGUGCUGGAAACCAGUACAUAGACUGCUUGGAAAAUAGAAUUGGAUUAAGUUUACAGGCACACCUGGCUGAACUGCAGACAUUUCAUAGUGAGGAAAAAAUGUAUGAAUGUAAUCCAACUGAGAAGUCUGUCAGCAAUGGUUCCUCAGUCUCACCACUUGAAAGAAUUCCUCCCAGGACCCAAAACAUUUGGAAUAAGUCUAGGAAGAUUUUUAAAUAUCGUUUGUUACCUGCACAAGACAGGAAAGCACACACUAGAGGAAAAUCUUACAAAUGUAAUGAAUGUGGGAAGGCUUUUAGCAAAAGCUCAAACCUCAUGAGUCAUGAAAGAAUUCAUUCUGGACAGAGACCUUAUAAAUGUAAUGACUGUGGCAAAGCCUUUACGGAGCACUCACAUCUUACUCAACAUAAGAAAAUCCAUACUGGAGAGAAACCUUAUAAAUGUGAUGAGUGUGGCAAAGCGUUUAACCAAUGUUCGAACCUCACUAGGCAUCAGAGAAUCCAUACAGGAGAGAAACCAUAUAAAUGUAACAUAUGUGGCAAGGUCUGUAGUCAAAAUUCAAACCUUGCAAAUCAUCAGAGAAUGCAUACUGGGGAGAAACCUUACAAAUGUAAUGAAUGUGGUAAGGCUUUUAUCCAACGUUCACACCUUUGGAGUCAUGAGAGAAUUCAUACUGGGGAGAAACCUUACAAAUGUAAUGAAUGCAGCAAAGCCUUUGCUGAGCGUUCAAGCCUUACUCAACAUAAAAAAAUCCAUACUGGAGAGAAACCUUACAAAUGUAAUGAGUGUGGCAAAGCUUUUAAACAGUGCUCUCACCUCAUUAGACAUCAGAAUACACAUCCUGGAGAGAAGCCACACAAAUGUGAUGUAUGUGGCAAGGCUUUUAUCCAGAGUUCUAGCCUUGUAGAACAUCAGAGGAUUCAUACAGGAGAAAAACCAUAUAAAUGUAAUAAAUGUGAUAAAGCUUUUAUCAGACGUUCACACCUCUGGGGUCAUGAACGAACUCAUACUGGAGAGAAACCGUUCAAAUGUAGUGAGUGUGGCAAAGCCUUUGCUGAGCGCUCAAAUCUUACUCAGCAUAGAAAAAUCCAUACUGGAGAGAAACCUUAUAAAUGUAAUGAGUGUGGCAAAGCGUUUACCCAAUUUGCAAACCUUACUAGGCAUCAGAAAAUACACACUGGAGAGAAACCACACAAAUGUAAUGUGUGUGGCAAGGCUUUUAUCCAAAGUUCAAGCCUUAUGGAACAUCAGAGAAUUCAUACAGGAGAAAAACCUUAUAGAUGUAAUAAAUGUGAUAAGGCUUUUAUCAAACGUUCACACCUUUGGGGUCAUGAGAGAACUCAUACUGGAGAGAAACCAUACAAAUGUAUUGAGUGUGGCAAAGCAUUUACGGAGCGUUCACAUCUUACUCAGCAUAAGAAAAUCCAUACCGGGGAGAAACCUUAUAAGUGUAAUGAGUGUGACAAAGCUUUUACCCAAUUUGCAAAACUUACCAGGCAUCAGAAAAUCCAUAAUGAAAAGAAACAGUAUAAACCUAAUAUGUGUUGCAGUGCUUUUAUUCAAAGCUCAAGCUUUGGAGAUCAUCAAAGAACUCAUAGGAGAAAGAAACCUUGCAAUAAUAUGAGCAAGUAUUCAACACUUACUUAACAUCAGAGAUUCCAUCAUGGAGAGGAACCAUAUGAAACUAACAUAUUUGGGAAAGCUAGUAACCAGGGUUCACACUUCACCUGAUAUCAGAAUACAAAUCUCUGAAAGGAAGCACACUGAAGAAAUGUAUGGCAAGGCUUAUCCAAAGCUUGUUACACCUUGUGGAACAUAAAUUUUACCAGAGAAUUCUUACAAAUGUAAUGAGUGUGGUCAGGUUUAUAAAAAAUGUAUAAAUUGGGGAGGGGGGUAAAAUAGAUGAAUGAGAUUAAGAGGUACUGACUUGCAGUUAUAAAAAAAAAUGUACAACUCUGCUUUGUGGUCUUGAAAGCAUUCACAUAACAUGGAAGCCAUACAAAUAUGUCAAGGUCUUUACCUCAGGAAGCACCUAAGAAUUUAUCCUGGACAGAAACAUUACACAUGUAAUGAAGGCGAUAAUUUCUUUAGCCAGUUCUCUCAGAUUGCAAUUAAAGAAUUCACACUAGAGGGAACUAGGUCUGUUUUGAGGAUUAACUAUUCUUAAGUAUUAAAUUCCACAGAAAAUUAAAAUUAUUUAAAACUCAUGAGAUAAUGUAUGUCAACGGAACAAGUAGAUCUGUGGAAAGACCUAAUCAUUUUCUGUUUAGAUAUUUUGUAAAGAUUUUAUUUACCUCUCUACACCCAACGUGGGGCUCAUAGUCACAAUCCUGAGAGCAAGAGUCAUGCUUUUCCAACUGAGCCAGCCAGGAACCUCUAUGACGUUUUUCACUCAGUUAUUUAAGGUUUCUUGAUGCUACAUUAUUAUUGAUGACUUACAACCUCAAGUUUGGAAUCCACUGAUGUUAUACUUUCAUUACAUGUGUUUCAUUUGUCAACCAUCGUGGUGGUCUCAGAGAAAGUAUGAAAGGAACCUCUUUUAUUAGGUGGGGCUUAGUCAUACCUAUAUACCCUGGAAAAACUAGGAUGCUGGUUUUAAGAUGUAGAAUAGUAUAUAUUUUGGAGCAUAAGGAGUGACCAGGAAUAAAUCUAAAAGCCAUUAUGUAAAUUACCAUGUUUUCUAUGGUCACAGCCCCUUCUCUGGAUUUGUUGGUAUGAUUGAGAGCCUUGGUUGAUAACUAUAUGAAAGGGUUAUGCUAUCAAAUAUGUGAUCGUGAAACACUAGACUGAGACAUUGAGACAAUGAUAUUUUCAUGUGGGAAUGAGGGGUUAUUAAGGAUGGUAUUUAUGUUAGAGAAAAUGGAGGGGGAAUGAUGGUCUCUCCCUCUUUUGAAACGUAAUAGCUAUUAUAUAUCAUGGAUGAGUAAAAAUUAGUCUUAAUUUUGGAAACUGAAGAGAAAGUUCUAGAGGACAUUUAAAUCAAAAGAACCAAAGUAGGAGCACAUAGGUGGAUCAGUAUGUUUAGUAUCUGCCUCAAUUUCUGCUCAGGGUCAUGGGAUCAACCUCUAUGUUGGGCUUUCCUCUUGAGUGUAGAAUCUGCUUACAAUUUUCUCUCUCUCUCUGUCCCUCUUGCCUACUCAUGCUCUUUCUAAAAAAUAAUAAGUAAAUAAAUAACCCAAAAGAGUAUGCUUGUGAAAGACCCAAAUUUGGCCACUUAAAAUGCAUUUUCAUACCAUUUUAUUUAGGGUACCCUAUUUCCCAUAUCUAAGUAAGUAAAAUAUAAGCUUUUAUGUAACCCUGAA